AUGGCGUCCACGGAGCUGCGGCCCGGGCGGAAGAAGGCCCUGGCCUUGGAGGAGCGUGGAACACGCCCGUCCGCGGUGCGGCAAGCGUGGUGGAGCACGGGGGGAGGUCGGAAGGACACCGAGCUCCGGUCCCUGAGAAUUCCCUCGACCGCACACCGGGGCUCCUUGUCGCCCUCGAAGCAUUCCUACCUGCCGACCCUACAAGAGCAGGCUCGGGAGGAUCGGCUGGGACGCCUGGUGGAUCCUGUGGGGUCUGAAGCGUUCUUGGGGCGUGCAGCUUUUGGGGUGGGAUCGGAGAAGCAGGGCCGUGCGGUCUUUCAACACGUGGGUGAAACCCUUUCUGGUUUGAGGCCGGUCGCGAUCAGCGCGCAGAAGUUGGUCAACGAGUCCUUGGCCUUGGAGGCGGAGAAGAAGGGCGGUGGACAUCUCCCAGAAGCUCAGGUACUGACCGACCUCUCUGCGGAUGUCUUGGAGAAUGUCAAGGCCGAAUUCGUGGAGAACGGCGGCGCGCUGAACGGCGAGGACUUCGUCCGCGCCAUGUUGAGGCCGUGGGACGGGGUCGAUGCUGAUGGAUGGGCGGGUGCGGACCUCUUCUCCCACAUGGAUGUGCAUGGUGAGAGUUCCGUCACAUGGGAGGAUGUCUCCAACUACUUCAUCGAGCAGGGCAUGUCAGGCGGUGACGAGUUCACGGUGGACAGUAUCAAGACCUAUGAGGUCAGUCAAGUCAAGGACGUCUCGAAGCACGAGACGCCCGUGGAGAAGUUGGUCUACUUAGAAUCGAUUGAUUCCUUAGUGUGUCUCUCGCGGGGCUCGCGGCAGUUCCGGCUCUACGACCCGAAGCGCUGCGUGCUGAAGGACACGGUGCACGGGCACCGUGGCACCGUCAUCAAUUGCUGCUAUGUGGAUGCUUGGAGUCAAAUCGCCACCACCGCCGCAGACAUGACGAUCUGCUUCUGGGAUUCGCAUCUCCAGCUGCGAAACCGCUUAGCUGCCAAGGACGUGCAACUUUGUCUGCAGUGGGACAGCCUCUCACGGAGUCUCUUCAGUGGUGCCAUUGAUGGCACGCUCAGCCGAUGGGAUCCUUGGCCGGUGUUUUGGGCACUUCUGCCGUGGAUUCGUAUCGCCACGAGACAAUACGAUCGCAGACAUCGGUAUAGAGGAGCAAAAAGACCAGGGUGGGUGGAAUCCAGAGGUGACCAGUAA